UUCUAUCGAAGGUCGCCUUAGAUGCGCUCAGCUUAGCACUGGCUGAUGCGAUUCAGCGCCAACGUGUUAUGCUGGAGGAUGGACUGCUGAUCAAUCCGCAGUACAAACCACCUUGGAGCCGAUAGACGGCGUUGUGGCUGCGCUGGGCACCAAAAACACAAUGAAUAGGAGCGUAAAUGGGAGCAUAAGUCGCCCAAUACAAAUAUUCCAGAUAGUUGUCUACACUCCGACUUUUAUAUUUGGAUUUAUCCUUAAUAUCUGUGCCAUAUGGAUUCUCCUGACCAAGAUAAAAAAAUGGACCACACUGACCAUAUACCUGGUAAACCUCAUCCUAAACGACUGCCUGUUACUCUUCACUCUACCAUUUAAAAUCCAUGCAUAUAAGGUGGGGAUGUGGAGCCUUGGGAGGCUUUUCUGCUCGUUUCUAGAGAGUCUGCACUUUGUGAACAUAUAUGGGAGCAUCUUGAUCAUAACAUGCAUCGCUUUUGACCGCUAUUUAGCUAUCAGACAUCCCUUUUCAGCAAGAGCUCUUCGUUCACCAUUGAAAGCAGCACUUGUCUGUGGAGUUGUGUGGAUAAUACUUUUUUCUGCAAGCACAGAGUCUUACAAGAACACCAGUAACAGAACUUCUUGUUUCUAUGGCUUUUCCCAUGAAUUGUGGAAAAAGCUGUGGCUUGUUUUGAUAAUAGAAGUUGUCUUUGUUGGCAGCGCAAUCAUCAUGACUUUCUGUUCUGUAGAAAUAAUACGCACUCUGACCAACAGGAAUACCAAACUGGACUGGCACAAACUACGUAAUAGUAAAUCAAUUAAAAUUGUCCUGGCAAACCUUCUUACAUUCUUGGUCUGCUUCAUACCCUAUCAUGUUGCUGUUUUUUUGUAUUUUCUAGUAAAAAACAAAUUAAUCACCACUAAUUCUGACACUCCACGCAACAUUGUAAUUGUUACCAUGUGCAUCAGCUCCAUAAACUGCUUACUGGAUGCCCUUUGCUAUUAUUUCAUUUUAAAGGAACAUUGGAAAAUCAAUAGCAAAGAUGCGACAGCUGAAAGAGAGGUUCAUUCAAAGCUUUUUGCUAGUAUCCUCAGGAAACCAAAGGAUGAACCUGCAGAAGGGAUUAGUCUCCACUGAGAGCAUACCUCAUAAAAAUCACCAGCUACACGAAAUCAAGAAGCUCGAAUUGUACAUUUAAAAGCCUUCUGACCUGUGUUGUAAGAGUGAAUGUGUUUGCUUCAUUUCAUGAGUAAGAUGUUUUUCAUUGAAUUGGAAUACAUCUGCUAAGAUAAUAGAGGAGUGUUUGAAUAAUUGACAUAUUCAACAGCAUGACUAGGGGUCUCGUCUGCUUAGAAAUUGUCACCUUGUCAAGCAAUUGUAUCAACCACAAUAUUCCUUUUAGAAUAUUGUUAAACGGAAGCUUUAAAGAAUAGGUUUUGUGUUUUUCAAGUUAAUUAUUUAUUCACAAACAAGGUAUAUGUGUCUUUGCCUUGCAAAAUUGUGUUCUAAAGUUAAGCAUUCUGCAUAAAUAAAAUAAAAUUUAAGAAAAACACAGCCUGUUCUGGCUUUUUUGUAACAGAAGCCAAGAUGAACAACCCAAAAAACAAAAGCCUAAACUGAAUAUAACUCCUCUGAAGUGGCAGAAGUUUUGAUAUAAGAAACCUGAAUUGCAUGUUUCCAGUGCAUGUCUUUAACAAAAAAGCGACAUGGAAAUUCAUCAUUUUAUGGUAUAUUAUCUUGAUAUGCACUAUGCAUUUUCUGUUCACUUGUGUGAUAGCAGUAGCCUUUUUGGAGUUCCCAGGUUUUCCUGAGGCUAGAAAAUUCAUCCUGAUGUUUUAGGAGCUUUAAAAUCCAACAAGUCCAAUUCUGCUUUCAGAAUAUUACUUAAGAGCUUCCAUUUGGAAGUUGAUUAAUCAUUACCAUCUUUUCCAAUGGCAUUCUUCUUUGACAAUGGGUGCCACCAUUUAGAGAUAUUUGUGUCAUCUGGUUCCAUGGGGAUUCUCCCAUGAUGCACAGGGGCUGCACCAGUUGUGGUGCACCACUAUAAAAAUUCCCCCAAAACAAUACCUUCUAUCCAAGAUUGCACCAGACCUUGUGACUUUCCUUAACACUGUGGUUGACAUUGAUUAUUUAGAAUUCAGAAGAUAUUCAGACACCUUCAUUUACUGCACACAUUAUUGUGUUAUUAUCCAUAAUGAUAAAGUGAAAACAUGUUUUCAGAAAGGUUUGAAAAUGUAUUAAAGAUAAAAAACUGAAAUCUCUUAUGUAUAUUAAUAUAUAUUGCACUAAUAUGUUUAUAACAAUCAGGCUUUUGAUGUGGAACUGAAAAUUGUGGUCCCAUGCAUCCUGUUUGCUUUAAUUAUUCUUGAUGUAUCUAGAACUUGGUUGGAGUCCACCUUUGGCAAAAUUAAUUGAUUAGACAUUGUUUAGAAAGGCAGACCCCUGUUUAUAGAAGAUCCCAAAAUUCACACUCUGUGUCAGAACAAAAGACAAUCCAAGAAACUCUCUGUGAUCAAAAUUGUGAUGAGGCAUAGAUCAGGACAAGGAUAUAAAAGGUAUAAAACCAUUUCUAAAGUUUUGAUUGUUCCCAAAAACAGUUUGGCAUAAAUAAUUGAGAAAUGGAAGAAAUGAGUAACCACCAGGUCUCUUCCUAGAGUUUGCCAUUUGGUGAGAUUGAGUAGCAGGGAAAGAAGGGCCUUGGUCAUGGAGCUGGCCAAGAACACAAUCGUUACUCUAACAGAGCUUCAGAAAUCCUCUGCUUAGACAGAGUAAUUUCUUGGAAGGACAACUAUCUCAGCAGCAAUCCAUCAAUCAGGAGUUUAUGGUAAAGUAGCUAGAUAGAAGCCACUCUUGAGUGAAAGGAAGAGACAGUUUAAAUCACUCUGAGAACACGACGAGAAAGAUUCUCUAGUCUGAUGAGGCAAAAAUUGAAUCCUUUUGGCAAAACUCUAAGCACUUCACAUGAAAGACCUCACAUGAUGAAGCACCAUCACAUAAUAGGAGUGUUUCUUAGCAGCAGGGACAGGGCUAUUGGUCAGAAUUAAGGGAACAAUCAAUGCAGCCAAAUACAUAGAGGUCCUUCAAGAAAAUCUGCUCCAGAGUGGACAUGACUUCAGAUUGGGGCAAAGGUUUUACAACAGUGACUGGAAGAUAGAUCCAAGACAAAGACAUAGCUUUGGGACAAGUGUGUAGCUGUCCUUGAGCGGGACAGCCAAAGCCCAGAUACUAACCCAUAAAACAUUUGUGGAGAGAGACCCGAAGAUGGCAAUUGACAGACACUUACUAUCCUGUCUAAUGGAGUUUGUGAGGAUCUGCCAGGAAGGAUGGGAUAAAUUGCUCAAAUCCAUGUGUGGAAUUAUUUUUUAAGAAUGAAUGAUAAUUUGCCUGAAAGAGAAAAAAAAAAAGACGUUUUGUAUUUUUCCUGUCAGUGGGAUUUUUGUUUCAUGUAAAAAAAAAAACUUUUAGUGCAAUUUCUAUCUAUUCUAUUUUCCCAAAAGUCAGUAUUAUGAAAAAGCAGAUUUCUUAAAAUUCUGUUUUUAUUUGAUUUGUUUAAUUUCUGCCAUGGUGGAUGACACCAUCUUUCACAAACCUAAGAUUGGGUUUGAAUUGUGUGUGUGCAGAUUGGGGUUUCCUACUACAUUCCAAAGCCUUUACCAUUCUGUUUUAUUUUCUGUCUUGCAUCCAAAGUUGUGACUUAAAGCUGAAAUAAUAACAUUUGUAAGGUUGGAUUUUAGGUGAAGUAUUUGUUUCCAUGUGAGUGUAAUAAAUAUACUUGGCUACACUUUAA